CCAACACCCAGCAUGAACCGCGCACGCUCAAGAUCACCAGACUACAGGCAGCGCGCGUACUCGCCUUCCCGUGCCACGGGGGGCCACUCGCCGCCACCGCCGCCGAGGCGGUACGACGGUGGCCGAGGACGCUUCGAUGACGACAGUAGGGAUCGGCGGCCCCCUCCACGGCGGUACGACGACGACCGGCGGUACGACCGCGACCGGCCGCUGCCGUACGAGGAGGAGCGGCGGGGCGGGUAUGGUGGCGGAGGUGGCUAUGGCGGACGAGACUACGACGACGACCGGCGUGGCGGCGGCGGCGGACGCGAUUAUGAACCCCGCCGCCACGACUACCGCGAUUACGACCGGCCACGCCGCGACGACCACUGGGAGCGCGGGAUGGAUGUGGAUGACCACCAGCCUGCGCGGCGGCAGCGCGCCGAGCCCUCCCCGCCCUCGCGCGACGUUAUCCUCCUCGGCCUCGACCCCGAGCUCACGGAAACGGAGCUCGCUGGCUUCCUCCGCACUGAGCACGGCGCAGCAGUCGACAGCACCAAGAUUGUGCGCGACAGGUCGACGGGCCAGUCGAAGCUGUUUGGCUUCGCACAGUUCUCGACCGUGGAAGAGGCGGAGCGCUUCAUCUCGGCCAACUUCCCCACCAUCACCAUGCCAGCGCUGUACACGCACUCGGACCCCAAGACGGUCAAGAUCGACUUUGCAGGCGCGCGCGCCGACUCGCAUCGCGCACCCGGCGGCGGUGGUGGCGCGGCGCCGCCGUUUUCCGCCACGCCCCGCGGCCACGACGGCAUGCGGGACAUUGGAGCGCCGGGCGAGGGGCAGCGCGUACUGCUUCUGCGCCACCUCGACCAGGGGACCUACUCUGGCGAAGUGACGCGCAGGCUCGCCGAGGAGAUCAGCCGCAUGAUCGGCAAGGGGUCGGAGCGGGAUGCCGAGGCCGCCAUCUCCCGCGUUGUCAUGAUCACCGACCGCGAUACGUCGGCGCCGUGGGGCUUUGCCUUCGUCGAGCUCGUGACCCCCGAGCUGGCUACCGCGCUCCUGUCGUACCUCCUCUCGCCACAGCACCAGCCCAACGGCUUCCUGAUUUCCCAAGUGCCCAUCGCCGUGUCGUUUGCCAAUGCGUCAGCGUUUAUUCCGACACCUGCUGGCCCGCUCGGCGGCGAGUUCUUGCUCAAGUCCGCUCCGAAUGGCGGGAUUGGCGCAGGCACCAUUGCCAGCCCGGACGGAGAGUACUGCGCCUACUGGCAUCAACAAGCAGGCGCGGUUGAGACGAUUCCCCGUGGAGCGCCGCCAGUGCCCGCGCGUGGAUCGCCGCUCGAGAUCCCCGCAGCCACCAAGACGUUCCUCGGGAACCUUGCAGGUGUUGUGGCUCCCAAACCCAAGGCGCCUGCCCCCACCGCCACUCCAGCUGGUGCGAUCAGCCAACCUUCCACCGCCGGACCCAGCAGCCAGACGGCCGACGCCACCCCCGCGCCACUCGCUGGCUCCAUGGGGCCGAUCAAGAUUGGCGGCUUUGGCUCGUUUGGCAAGAAGCCCAAGAAGAGUGAAGAAGUCGGCCUUAUCCACAUCAGCGGCCGUAAUGCCUUUGGCGACGAGGAAGACGUGGACCUCGUGGGCAAGGACACUGUUCUUCUGUCUAGGACCAAAGGAGCAAAAAUCAUCCCACCAACAUCCACAAGUCGGAAGGUCGCGACCAACAUCUCCAAAUGGAACACGAAGCAGUCGGAGCUGUCGGCUCCAAAGGCGCCGGCGCCUCCAAAAGGUGUCUCGGGCGCGAAUGCCGUUGUGAGCAUUCGCCCGCCGAGCGCCUCUGCUGCCGCCUCGUCGUCCAAUCUCGAUAACGGACCGGCCGAGGACGCAGAGUUCGACUACACCGACACAUCGUCAUUCGCCACAUCUGGCAAGGUCGCCUGCCUCCUCUGCCAGCGCCAGUUCAAGAUCGAAGAUACGCUCCGGAAACAUAUCUUCACAAGGCUCGCACUCCCUUUUACACCUGAACCUCGCAGGCGCCGUAAACUCGGCCUUGGUGGCGUAGAUGCCGAUGGCGGCACGUACCGCGACCGCGCAGCGGAGCGGCGUGUCGUCCACCAUCAGCCCGACAAGCCUUCGCUUCCGCCCCUUGUCCAUGGCCGCAAGCCGGUUCCCGAACCCAAGCCGAAAGCGCCAUCACCGCCUCCAGCUGCACCCGCGCCCGCCGCAGACGAGUCCAAUGUCGGCAACAAGCUCCUGUCCAAGAUGGGUUGGGCGUCCGGCACUGGGCUCGGCAAGGAGGGCGAGGGCCGCGUGGAUCCCAUCCACGUCAAGCAGUUUGAGGAGCGCUCGGGCCUUGGCGCGUCCAAGGGCCGCGAGGCGGGCGCGUGGUCGGGUCCCGGCGGCUGGCAGCAGCGGAAGAAGGACAUGACAAAGGAGCGCUUCGAGUCGUCCCAGUAGCUUAUCACUCACUCGUCUCUGAUCUCCGUGACCGUUCGCGUAAUUGCAACAAUGCCAUGUCUAGUCUAUGUAUUCCGUGC